AGUUGAAUGAUAACUUUAGAAGGCAUCUCAAAUUUUCAAAUGACAGCCCUCAACUCUUAUGUAAAGGAUUUCUAAACUUUGGGCCCGGCUCAAGUCUUUUGGUAAUUACCAGCUUCAUUGGUGCCAUUUAGUUAACCCAAACAUAUAGGCCCAAUAAAAUAUCUUUAUCCAACAUUGUCUCUCUCACUAAAACACCUGUGCUGUUCUACCGGAGGAGGAGAGUGGAGGCCGAAUGAAACUCGAGAUACCCACCGGCAACAGCCAUCCUCCUGAAACAAGUUUUUGGAAGUUCGAAGCUUUCGAGCUUCUCGGAGUCAAUCACCUUUAAGGUGAUGUGAUGAAGCAACCUCGUUGCUUUGGUUCUUCUAAAUGGAGGAAAGCUGCUGCAUUAAUAGAAAAGGGUCCCCAAAUUUUUUCUUGAUGGGUUCCUCUGAUAGACAUGAAGAGGCGCGCCAUCUUGUCAGUCUAUUGUUUUCAGAUCUCCUAUCAUCGGCCCUGCUUAAAUCUUGGUUUAAAUUCUUCUCUAUUCGUUUUUAGGAGAUGUUUAAGUCAUGGAAUUUCCUUGGGAUCAACACAUACAAGGCCUUUUCCUGACUAUUCCCCCAAGAAACCUACCAUCAAAGAUGCCGAACUUGUACAUCUCAUCUCCACCACAAUUAAGCUUCGCUGCUCUGAGCCUUUUCGCAGUAUUCUGAAGCCUUACGAAUCUAAUUUCAGGUCUGACCAUCUUAUUUGGGUUCUCAUGAAUAUUAAGAAUGACUAUAAACUAGUUCUGGAUUUCUUUGACUGGGCAUGCUUACGAAGGGACCCAUCAUUAGAAGCCCGUUGUGUCGUUGUACAAAUUGCUGCAGCAUCAAAGGAUCUUGAAACAGCGCAUGAGCUCAUUCAUAAUUUUUGGGCAAAACCCAAGUUAGAUGUUGGUCUUUCAUUUGCUCACUUUUCUGCUCGGUUGAUAUACACUUACAAGGAUUGGGGUUCAGAUCCCCAUGUGUUUGAUGUUUUCUUCCGGGUCCUUGUUGAAACUGAGAUGCUCAAUGAAGCAAGAAAGCUUUUUGAUAAAUUGUUGAGCUAUGGGUUGGUUAUCUCUGUUGAUUCCUGUAAUUUAUUUCUUACUCGGCUAUCAAGCACCUUUGAUGGGAUUGAGAUGGCAAUAAAAUUCUUCAAUGAAUACCCUGAAGUGGGUAUUCAUUGGAACACCACAUCAUACAAUAUUAUCAUUCAUUGUCUUUGUCGAUUAGGGAAAAUAAAAGAGGCCCACCAUUUACUCCUGCAAAUGGAGUUGAGGGGUUGUGUACCUGAUGUUGUAAGUUAUAGUACUUUAAUCAGCAGAUAUUGUUAUGUUGGAGAACUGCAGAAGGUUUUGAAGCUCAUAGAGGAAAUGAAAAUAAAAGGAUUGAAGCAAAAUUCCUAUACGUAUAACAGCAUAAUACUCUUUCUGUGUAAAACGGGUAAACUAUCUGAAGCAGAAGGGUUACUGAGGGAGAUGAUGGUUCUGGGAGUACUUCCUGAUAAUGUCGUCUACACUACUCUAAUUGAUGGAUUCUGUAAGUUGGGUAAUGUUCCUGCUGCAUAUAGGCUAUUUGACGAAAUGCGGGAUAGGAAAAUAAUCCCUGAUUAUAUUACAUAUACUGCUAUUAUUCAUGGAUUUUGUCAAAUAGGGAAGAUGACAGAAGCAGAUAAGCUCUUCCAUGAAAUGGUUAGCAGAGGAUUAGAACCAGAUGAAGUUACUUAUACAGCACUUAUUGAUGGUUAUUGCAAAACAGGCGAGAUGAAAGAGGCGUUUUCUCUUCACAACCAGAUGGUUAAUAUGGGACUUACCCCAAAUGUUGUCACUUAUACGGCAUUGGCUGAUGGCCUUUGUAAAAGAGGGGAGGUAGAUGUAGCAAAUGAACUUCUUCAUGAGGUGUGCAAGAAGGGCCUUCAACUUAAUGUCUGCACUUACAACUCAAUUGUUAACAGCCUUUGUAAGUCGGGAAACAUAGCGGAGGCAGAAAAAUUGGUGGAACAAAUGGAGGGUGCAGGGCCCUGUCCUGACGCUAUUACUUAUACCACUCUGAUGGAUGCAUAUUGUAAGAUGAGGGAUAUGGCUAAGGCUCAGAAGGUCCUGCUUGAGAUGCUCGAUAGAGGGCUUCAACCUACAGUUGUUACAUUCAAUGUGCUUAUGAAUGGAUUUGGUAUGUCAGGAAUGGUGGAAGACGCUGAGAGGCUACUUAAGUGGAUGUUGGAGAAGGGUAUAGUGCCUAAUGCGGCAACCUACAAUUCUCUCAUGAAGCAGUACUGCAUUAGAAAUAAUAUGCGUACUACGGCGGAAAUAUAUAGGAGCAUGUGUGCUGGUGGGGUGAUUCCUGAUAGCAACACCUAUAACAUUUUGAUAAAAGGGCAUUCUAAGGUAAGGAAUAUGAAAGAGGCAUGGUUUUUGCAUAAAGAAAUGGCAGGAAAGGGAUUUAUUCCCACGGCAAGUUGUUACGGUGCACUUAUUAAGGGUUUUUUCAAGAGAAGGAAAUUUGCAGAGGCAAGGGAACUAUUUGAAGAAAUGAGGAGACAUGGUGUGGUUGCAGAUAGAGAAACAUACAACAUUUUUGUCGAUAUGAACUAUGGAGAAGGGAACAUGGACAUUACUCUUGAUCUUUGCGACGAAAUUAUAGAGAAUUGUCUUGUUGGCAAGCCCAAGAAUGAAGAAACUAGCUGAACUGCUCUCCUGGAGAGAAAUUAUCAGUUUUAGUUCCUGCGGACUCGCAUCUGGGAUAUUAUCAUCACGGUAAUUUUUCUCAUUAGUAUGAUCCAAGGAUAUUGCACAGCCUUUCUGAAAUGAUAAUGUUGAAAUGUUAGUAAGUUCAUAAUGGCAUCAUUUCUAGACAUUUUCCUUUUACAAGAUGAAUCCAUCUGUGCACGUUGUGAGCUACAACUCUUUGUUAACCAGGGACCUACGUAUGUACCUGGCUAUCGAACAUUUGAUAUGAAAUCAAAGAUAGACGAAGCCGGGCCCUAAGGAAUAAGAUGUCCCGUAAACAGAUCCAAGCAAUCUCAAGAUGGCUAUUUCACUCAAAAGUUCUUCCGUUGGCUUUCAUCACUGCCCAAAUGUUGUGUAAACACACCCCUCCUGGUAUGUGUGAAUUUUUCUUCUUUCAUGAUUUGGCAUGAAACCGUUGGAUGCAGCUUAGAAGUGUUAUGUCAGCAUUCUUCUGAUCUUAACUACUUUGACUGGGUGCAGCAGUCUUGGUAGAGUCGGAGGGUGUAAAAGCAGAGAAGAUGCAAAAGUGCUUGCAUUUCAGCAGUCUUGGUAGAGUCGGAGGGUAUAAAAGCAGAGAAGAUGCAAAAGUGCUUGCAUUUCAGCAGUCUUGGUAGAGUCGGAGGGUGUAAAAGCAGAGAAGAUGCAAAAGUGCUUGCAUUCCGGAAAAUGAGCAAAGAAAAAGGUUAAGCUGAUACGGCAUUACCAGGGGCAAAUCGCAAAUACAACCGCUUCAAGGGCCAACUUAACAAACAAGACAAACCAACAACGUCCUAUUCCCUGUCUGAACAAACAAGACAAACCAAAAGUAGGUUCAAGUUGAAAACACUGAACCUGAACACCCCUUCAAAGACGGCAUCGCAAACAGAUCACGACAUGUCAGGCGGUUAAGUUAAAGUACGUGACACUGACAGCAAGUAAUAGGUUCAAUUCAUUGUCAACUUAUGUUAAGUUUCUCCCAGCUAUCCAUACUCGAUAACAUCGCUAAUAAAUAAUCCAGUGUUAUGUGUUUUAACGUUCUCACA